AUGAAUAAACUCUAUAGAAAACUACUAUUGUUGUUAUCAUUAAUAAUAAUUAUAGGAUAUUACAUAUUACCCCAAGAAUCUCCAUUACCUUUAUUACUUCCAUUAAAAUCACCCUUGAUCCAACAACCAGAUUAUGUGAUUACUGAUAUUGAUCUAAUUAAAUGUUAUCAUAAAUGUUCAAUACCUCCAAAUUAUCAACAAAUUUAUCCAAAUAUUGAUUCUGUUGCUAAAAGUAAAGUAAUCAGUUAUAAUAUUAUUAUCAAAUCAGAACCAUUAGAUCAAGCACAAGAAGUAAUAGUUGAUGUAUCCACAGAACCUAUUGAUGAAUCAUAUCAACAGAUUGCAAACUUCAACAAAUAUAAAUUAUAUAAAAAAUCAAUCCCAAUAUCUGACAACGUUAAUGAACCUCCUCAAAUAAGAUCAAUCGAAGUAUUAUUCGGGAAUAAUGAAUUUCAAGAUCCUAGACCACAACACCAGACUAUCCAUUUACCUGGAGAUACCCUCCUCCAUCCCAUAUUAUCCCUCAACAAAUCACCUUCUACCCUUCCAUCACAACAAUACAACGAGAUUAUUCAACACCUGCGAGAUAAAUACAAAAUCAUGCAACUCUCCGACCUUCAUAUCGGUCAAACCGACCGUCAAUGUCAUAAUUCAAAGUGUUUCGCUGAUUCCAAAACCAUAAACUUCGUCGACGAUGCCAUCCAGGCUGAAAAACCGGACAUGGUUGUCCUAACUGGGGAUAUAUUCGAUAUUGACAGAACUAGAGAUUAUAAAUCAGUAUUAAUCAAGGCACUUUCUCCAAUUUUAAAACAUUCAUUACCAUUUUUAUAUAUCUUCGGCGAUGAAUUAAACCGAAUUCCCGAUGGGCCAGAGAGACAAGAAGUCAAAACUAGUAUAUUGGAAUAUUUAUCUACUUUGCCUGGAUGUCUAAAUGACCAAAUAGCGGAGAAUGGGAAGUUUUUGCCAUAUAUGGAUCUAGAAGUCAGGUAUAAACUGGAAUCGAUCUUGAUUACUUCUUUAGAUUCUGAGAAUUUGAAUGAUGGUCAUAUGAGCCAUAUAUAUAGAAAAGCGCGUAUGGAUGAUGAUGAUGAUAAUGAUAGUAAGAAACAAUAUGAUUAUAAAUUGUUAUUCUUCCAUCAUCCGUUAGGUGAAUUUCGUCCAGUGGGGAAAUUUAAACUUGUGGGGAGUUAUAAUGAAAAACAUCCAUUAGGAACUGCGACUGGGAUGGUUCGGGAUAUGAUAAAUUGUGGAUAUGCUGCGGUUGGAGUGGGACAUGAACAUGAGAAUGAUGCUUGUAUAUUAUAUCCCGAGGAUGAUGGGAAGGAAGAAAGAGAGAAUAAAAAGUCACAGAAGAAGAAAAAGGCGAAAAAGAUUUGGUUGUGUUAUUCUGGGGUUACGGGUGAUUCUGGUAUAACUAAACUAAAUAGAGAUUAUGAUAGACGGAUGAGAAUGUUUGAAGUUGAUUUUGAGUUGAAGAGAAUAUUGAGUUGGAAGAGAACUGAAAGUGAUCGAAAAGCUUUUGAUUAUCAACAAGUAUAUCCAUUGUAG